AUGACUACAACACAAGCCAUCUUCAGCCAGAUCAAUCAUUCUCCCUUCAAACUUGAAGGACCAUAUGGAGACUGGCGAGAUGAACUUCAAUCCCAGGGGUUUGUAGUCAUCAAAAAUGCGAUUGCGCUUGAUAAAGCGCAAUAUUAUCAGCAAAAGGCUCUAGAUUGGCUUCAAUCUUUCAACCUGGGUCUUGAUUACAAUGAUCCAUCCACAUGGGUAGAUAAACACCUUCCCGCCCAGGGCAAAGUCAACAACUUCAGUGGAUAUUCCGUGGUCCAUGAGAAGUUCAUGUGGGAAGCACGGAUGGAACCGAAGGUAUUGGAGACAUUUGCCAAGAUAUGGGGCACUGAAGACUUGUUGGUCUCCUUCGAUGCUGUUAACAUCACCUUGCCCAAUCGAGCAGAUAAGCCAGCUAUGAAGCCAUGGCCACAUGUUGAUCAAUCACCCUUUCGUCGCGGUCUCCAUUGCGUCCAGGGUAUUAUCAACCUUAGCCAUGCCGGCCCUGAAGACGGCUCGCUGAUUCUUCUCCCUAAAUCAAGUUCUCUAUCCGACCAGUUCUUUGACACGCAAGUGGAUCCAUCUACCUGGCUGAAGAAGGAUUUUCGAUAUUUCAGUGGGGAAGAGAUGAAAUGGUUCGAAGCUCAUGGGGUCAAGCCUGUCAAGAUUUUCGCAGAGCCUGGGGAUUUAAUUCUGUGGGAUUCGCGGACUGUGCAUUGGGGUGGCGAGCCUACACCCCAGAGCAACACGAUUCGGACGGUGAUUUAUGCUUCAUAUUCCCCGGCGAGUCUGGCUACUGAGGAAACCCUGAAGCGCAAGAAGGAGGCAUUUGAGUCAUACCGAGCAACUACGCACUGGCCCCAUGACAAUAUUGUUAUCCGCGACAAAAUCAUCUACCUACCCGAUGGCACUGUUGAUAGUCGCAAUCGAUCCAAGCCCUUGGAGGAGCCAGAGUACACGGAUCAGCUGCUCCGACUUGCUGGGUCUUUUGUGACUUGGCGCCUCUCUUACCCCGCCACAACUCCAACUCCCCGUCAUCCGUUCUGUUAUACAGAUGGAGUUUCCCCGAAAAAGAGCCCUGGUGGCAUGCAAAUUCUGCCGACACCGUCCAGUAAACGCAAAUGUGGAGGUGAACGACCUACAUGCGCGUUCUGCGCUAGUGCGGGUGCGCAAUGCGAGUAUCAAGAGGGUCCGAAUGAAAAAACUGAAGAUGAUUCAUCUAACGAAAUAUUGCAACGACUAGAUCAGCUGGAGAGUCUUGUUCGUCAACAGUCAGCUAUCGUUGCUGCACUAUCUGAUCGUUUACUAUCGACGGCUCCGAGUCCAGAAACUCUGAAUUACUCUCAACCUAGCCCAUAUGCAUCAAGUAUUCAGAGCAGAAGUUCGCUUGCCACACCAGUAUAUAUGUCCCCCCCGCGCAAUAUUCCAUUGUGUAAGGAUUCGCGGACGGCAAUCGUAUGCGAGGCCGAGGAUGGCCCCCUCCUCAUCCCAUUGGGCCAUCAAACUCCUACCGGGAAUCUAUUGACACUCGACAAAAUCAAGAGGCUUAUCGGCGCCUAUCCUCAAGACUAUUUCUUGUUCUUGGAAUCGGAGCGGCGACUAAACCCUUUGAUAUCGCGGGUUUCUUACACUGCGAUUGUCGAGAGACUGAAUUUGCGCCGUUCGAUAACCGAUAAUCUGGUUUCAAGCUUUUUCACAAAUAUACACUCUCAGUUCCCUGUACUUGACCGCAAGCCCUUCCUCGUGAUGUUCGAGAAAUUCCUACAGCCAUACCAGGAACCCGAUAUUUCGGCGGCACUUUGUCUCAUGACUCUUGCUCUGGGAGAGAUUUGUACCCAUCCCAGUGCAACGUUGGAUGUUGAGUCUUCUGAUGUCGACAAUGGCACCGAAUAUUUCGCGCACGCUUAUCGAAUUCUGACUACUGUGGAGACUGUGCCGUUUUCAAGGGACUUAACAGUCCCUUUAGCGUUCUUCUUCGCCUCUCUUUAUUUUCGCUAUAGAAGUCGACCCCUUCAUGCCUGGAGAGCGAUACAUUCAGCAUCAACUGCAGUUCAAUUAAUUGAUGAUCUCGCCGAAUUCCAUUUCCCUCGCAGCGGGAUCGAGGUUCUGGUAGAUGAACUACCCUUCCCAGAAUUUACAGACUCAAAUGAUCGCAAUAACCUGAAAUUUCUUGCCAUGUGCUCCAUUCGAAAGCUUCUGAACCGUAUACACAAUACCAUGUAUGCAAGCAACCCAGCUGAGCCAAAUGGCCGAACCAUUCUCGCAAAUAUCAGCGGGGUAGUGAAUGCAUCAAAUCAGCAACCCUCAAUCGCCUCACUUGAGGCCGUCAACAAAGAACUCAGCCGGCAACUCACAGCAUGGUUUGAUUCGCUGCCAGAAAGCAUCAAGCCAGACCUUCAAAACCCCAAUCCUCGGGAUAUACAUGAUAGUCAGCUUCGAACGCGCUAUUACGCCACAAGACAUGUGAUUUGUCGACCUUGUCUUGUUUUUGCGGCGCAGUCACCUGAUACUCCACUAAGUGAAUAUAUCAUGGCCAACUGUGAGGCGUGUGUUGAUAGUUGUCGACACUUCAUUCACGCGACAGUGCCUCUUUUGAAAAGAAGAACACAUUCAACGUGGCUUAGACUACAAGCGCUUCUGGCUGCGGUUUUUGUCAUUUCCAUGGCAAAAGGAACACCCACUCUCUCUCCACUUGUGCCGGAUUUUGACGAGCUCAUUGAACAAGCAAUACUGUGCACGGAGCCCUGGGCUGUUCAUCAUGAAACAGCAGAUGCUAUCCUAGGGAUUUUCAAGACGAUUCGACGGAAAUUCCGAAUACCGUCUGUUCAGAGUAUAUUAGAUGGUCUGCACGGAGUCCCCUGA